UCCGCCAGGCUACUACUUCCGGCCAGGCUCCGGUGCGGGCAAGGACUCGUGGCACGUCUUUCUGCCCUUCGGCGGAUGGUGCACGACGCCCGGCGAGUGCAAAUGGCGCGCCACGCAGAUACACUACGGCUCGACGAAACCGGCACUGCAAGCCACCAACCCUUUCAACAACGCCUUGCAGGGAUACCGCGGAAUUUUAAGUACGAACAAGACGGACAACCCACGGUUUUACAACUGGAACUUAGUUAUGCCCGUGUACUGCGAUGGGGGCGGAUUCGCGGGGCGCGCGGGGUUCAAGAACGUGAGCGGAAGCGAGGGAGUGUACCUUUUGGGUUGGAAUAUCAUCAAGGCCGUUCUCACAGAUGUGACUGACCGACGGGGCCUGAAAACGGCGUCGCAGGUGCUGCUGUCGGGGGUGUCGGCGGGAGCAGAGGCGGUGGUGACUCUGUGCGACCAGCUGCCGGCCCUCGUGCCCUCCGCCAAAACCACCAAGUGCCUCAUGGACUCGGGCUUCUUCCUCGGUGCGUUCACCCUCCCUAUACUACUCCCCCCCUCCAAUAUUCAACCACCAAGUGCCUCAUGGACUCGGGCUUCUUCCUCGGUGCGUUCACCCUCCCUAUACUACUUCCCCCCUCCAAUAUUCAACCACCAAGUGCCUCAUGGACUCGGGCUUUUUCCUUGCCCUACCUUCCCUUUCACUGCCAAGUGCCUCAUAGAAUUUGGCUUCUUUCUGAGUGAGUUGGAUUCCCGCCUUUCCUGCUUCCACCAGCUUCCUCCUUGGUGA